UAAAAUGAAAUGUUGGCUGGUAUAAUAUUAUGUAUCUUUUAACGCGUAUAAACAAUAUUGGAAAUUAGUAUAAUCAACACAGCUUACUUCAAAACAGAAAAACAAUUAAAAUUUUUUUUAUCAAAAUUAGUUAAAUAUGUCACGCGAUCAAACGACACAAAAUUUAAAGGACAGGUUGGCUUGUGAAAAUAAUAAAGUAUGUUCGCUUAAAGAAAAAUUGAUCUCGUAUGACAAAGAUGUGGCGAUGAAAGAUGAUUUAAAAUGCCAAUUAUACAACUUACAAAAGUGGAUUGAUGAUGUCGAUUGUAAAGUAAAACAAUCGAACAAUGACGUGUUAUGUAUUAUUAACAAACAGAAACAAAAGAUAAAAGAGGCUGAAAUGCAAGAAUGCAAAUUGCGAUCGGAAAACACUAAACUGAAAACCACCAAUGAUUGUCUCACUGAAAAGAUUAACACACUAAAUCGGAAAGAACAAACACUAAUCGCCGAGAUCGAGAAAUUGGAACAGUGUAAAAUCAAUAUCCAAAAUGAAUUAUGCAGUGCUGAGGCUCGCGUAAACGACAUGAAAUGUGAAAUCGAGAGCUUGAAGAGAACGCUCAAGGCGAAGGAAGAAGAAUGCGAAAAACUACAAAAACAGCUUUCGGCUAGUGAGGCCGAGUACAAACGCCUAUGCGCGGCAUGUAAUUCCGUCAAAUGUGCGCUAGAACGGUCGAAGGCGGACAUAGCGGACGUCAGGUGUCGGUUGAAGAAAGCCGAAGAGUGUCUGAGGCGGGAGCGGGCCACGCUCGUGGAAAAGUUAAAGGAAAAGGCACGCGAGUUAGAAAUUGCCAAGUGCGAGCUGGAUACGACUAUCAGGACGGUGGCCGAGCUGAAAGCAAACGUGGAAAAGUUACAAGCUACGAUUGCCGAGCUGCGGGAGACGAUGGCCCGCGAGCGGAGCGAGGCAGAGACGGCAAUACGCGCUCUCAAGGAGGAGAACUCCGAGGCGUCCAAUAAGGUGUGUCGUGCCACCGACGAUCUGGCCAACGCCCGCCGUGACAAUUCGCAAGUCACUUCUAAAAUCGAGUCACUCCGUUGCCAGGUGCAGAACCACGAGACCCAGCUGGAUGAACUACAUCAGUUGUCAGAGGCGCGUAACCGGGCCAAGGACGAAAAGUGCGAACAGUUGGAACGAGAACGGUGUUUGCUGACCGAAGAUCUGCAGUGCAAGAAGAAGAAAAUCGCCGACUUGGAGAGACAGUUGUGUCGUAUGCGCGAAGAGGCCUGCGGGGGCGGUGGUACGAACAGCGCCAUGAGUAACGGUAUGUGCCCGAGCAGCACUGCCAACUGCUGUCCGUCCAACGACAUGGUCAACCAGCAGGACACGCACUGUGACUCAAACGAAUCGUCCUUCAUCGACGUGCUGAAGAGACUGUACAGCGACCUGAACAACCUCAAGGUUAAAUCCUGCAAACCCGACACUACCAACCCUAUAUACCCCUGAUCGCGAUGACGACGACCGACCCUAACUCGAAUAUUGAAUACUUUUAUGCGUGUCCAAGCACAAAAUAAAUACAAUCAAAUUUUAAUCAUA